AUGGGUGUGGGUCUAACCAGUCAACAACAGUCUCGUCAAGAGAAACCCAAUCCCAAACCCCUCCAUCCAUCCUCACAUCCUCUCUCCAAUGGCGGACUACGAGGCAGCCACCGCCGCCCACCCGGCCAGUCUGAUCCACCACGAGGCCGCCCUGCAGGCCCUCAACACCAUCAUCCAGCUCCAUUUCGAGAAGACCCUCGAGAAGAAACGCGCAGUUGACCUCCAGAAGAAGGAGCUCUGGAAGAUGUUCCAGCUCUUCUUCCUCUUCCUGUCCCUGGUUUUCCUGGGGCAAGCCCAGUCUUCGAGGCUGCAGUGCCGCCAUUGCUGGGUCCCCAUCGGGCUCCUCUCCAUGGCCCACCUCAUCUUCUACGUGUCAGUUGCCCAGACCCUCAGGUGCAUCAAUGGGUUCAAGUACCAGCGGCGCUGCCACAAGCUGACGCUGGGCCUCGCCACCGAGCGCCUGCGGCGGCUGAAGAUGCGGAUGAGCAGCGGCGGCGGCGAGGACGAGGUGGCCGAGGAGUUUGAGAUACAUUAUCAAGAACCGCCGGAGAGUUACUUUGGUAAGUUCAAGAGGAAUUGGGCUUUGCAUUUUGGAUUCUUGAUCUUCAUCUAUGCUUUCAUGAUCUCUUCCUCUGUUGUUCUCCUUUGCUUCUAGGGAUUUCUCUUUCUUUUCUUUUUUUUCUUGGGUACAAUUUGUUAAUUUGUUAUUAGGGGCUUAAUCAAUUUUGUUAAUGUAGCAGAAUAAUCUGUAUACUUCGUAUGAUAAUAUCUACGGUUGAGAUUUGUGAUU